AUGGGCCUGGGCCAGAGGGAGGCUCAGGCCCUGCUGCUGGCUCAGGGCUGGGGCAGGAAGGGGGGCUCAUUGCUCAGAGGCUCCAUCCCCGGGAGCCCCAGGUCACCUGGGCUGAGGGGGGUGAGAGGGCGCCUGGGGCCUGGGAACCCCUGGAGCUCAGGCGGGCGGGCGGCAGGGGGUGCCUGGGAAGGGGCUCUCACCUUCCUGCCUCCUCUUCCUCCUGCAGCCUCUGUGGCCUCCUAUGAGCUGACGCAGCCGCCCUCGGUGUCGGUGAGCCCGGGACAGACGGCCAGGCUCACGUGUGGGGGAAACAACAUUGGGGGUAAAAGUGCUUACUGGUACCAGCAGAAGCCCGGCCAGGCCCCUGUGCUGGUCAUCUAUAGUGAUAACGAACGGCCCUCAGGAAUCCCUGACCGAUUCUCGGGGACCAACUCGGGGAACACGGCCACCCUGACCAUCAGCGGGGCCCAGGCCCAGGACGAGGCCGACUAUUACUGUGCGGUGUGGGACAGCAGUGCUAAAGCUUUUGUGUUCGGCGGAGGGACCCAGCUGACCGUCCUAGGUCAGCCCAAGUCUGCACCCUCCGUGUCUCUGUUCCCGCCAUCCGCUGAGGAGCUCGCCAACAACAAGGCCACACUGGUGUGUCUCAUGAGUGACUUCUACCCGGGCAGCGUGACGGUGGCCUGGAAGGCAAAUGGCAGCCCCGUCACCCAGGGCGUGGAGACCACCAAGCCCUCCAAGCAGAGCAACAACAAGUACGCGGCCAGCAGCUACCUGAGCGUGUCCAGCCAAGACUGGAAGUCCGCCAGCGCCUACAGCUGCCAGGUCACGCACGACGGGAAGACCGUGGAGAAGACAGUGGCCCCCUCGGAGUGUUCCUAGGACCUGAGUCCCCACUUCUGGGGACACUUCUCAGUCAGACGCUCCCUUUCCCUGCUCCCCACUGUCCCCCUGUGGCUCCUGCCCUGGUCGCUCAGACUGGGCAGGUCACCAUCCCUCCCCGUUCCCCCUUCUCCUGAAUAAACUCCUGUCAUUUCUCAUCUGA